AUGACACCCUUGGAAGAAGCGUGUGAAGAACACUUCCGAUGGACGGUGACCAGGACGAGUGAUAGUCGCUACAUGGUUCGGCUUCCUCUACGGGAAGAAAUGCUUGCUUUGUUGGGAGAUUCGUUUGCGGUGGCGCAACGUAGAUUUUUGGCGAUCGAGCGGAAGUUUGCGGUGAACAGUGACUUCAAGAACGAGUACGUUAAGUUUAUGGAGGAGUACAAGGUACUAGGCCACAUGGAGUUGAGUCCUCGCGUCGAAAAUCCCCAAUUUGUCCUGCCACAUCAUGCCAUCUUCCGCCCGGACAGUUCUACCACGAAGACCCGCGUGGUAUUUGAUGCUACCUGUAAGGGAAGUUCCCAGUUGUCGCUGAAUGAUGUUUUGUACGUUGGCCCAAUUGUUCAACCUCCUUUGCUCGCAAUCGUUCUCAACUGGCGGAUACCUCGGUACGUUUUCAAGGCAGAUGCGGAGAAGAUGUUCCGCCAAAUCUGGCUCCAUCCAUUGGACCGCAAAUUCCUGCAAGUUCUUUGGCGCUUAAUUCUAUCCAGAAUCUCAUCACCGUGGGCGAGUUUGAACCCGGUCCGGUCGCCAAUGUUUGGUGGUGAUUCGGUGGCCGACGGUGCCGUGAACCAGCAAGAUUUCCGUUUGCAAAAGUGCUUGGCUGCUGGUCUCUCCCCGAUGUUGGAGCUGGCGAGCAAUCUGAAGGAUGCCUUGAUACGCCCAAGACUGGACGGGUGGUAG